CGCCUCCUACGCCCCACACCGCGGCGUGGCCACGGCGGCGGCAGCAGCAGCGGCAAUGGCGGCCGGAGGCGGGAGAUUCCUCGCGUCGCGACUCUCGCUCAGCUGUCGUCGGGCUCUCGCUGCUGCUGCUGCGGACUUCUCGGCAAAGUCGCCACUCCUCGGCUUCGUCCCGCGGCAGGCGCCCAUUGCUAAACAUUUCCCCCUGUGGAGGUUCUGCCCAGUUGCUUGCAGCAGCUCAGUGGUGUCCUCUGAUGAGGUAACUGUGUCAUAUGCCAAUGGACUGCCGGUGGUGUCCAUUACCCUGCCUUCACGAAAGGAGCGAUGCCAGUUCACACUGAGGCCUGUACUGGAGAAUGUCGGAGACUUCUUGAGGAGUCUGCAAGCAGAGGAUCGGGGAAUCGACCGUGCAGCAAUAUACACACUAGAUGGAACCAGAGUUGCAGCAAGCACAGGGGUUGAUAUUCUUCUUUUGGACGAUUUUAAACUUGUCAUCAACGAAGAAUCGUAUCUGGUUCAGCCUCCUAAACGAGGAAGCCUCAGUGCUGACGAUGCGACCGCCCUCGGGGAGGUGAAGGUCUUGGUGCAGCAGAUGUACACCACGCUGCGCAUUGAGGAGCACCAGCUACAGCGCGAGAGAGAGUUGCUCACCAAACUGGACAACCUCCGGGUCCAAAUUGAGCCACUUGAAAAGGUGAAGAGAGAUCUGAAGCUGAAGGCAGAAAAGCGCACCCGUUUGGUGUUGUGGGGGGGCCUCGCGUACAUGGCGACACAGUUUGGAUUCCUGGCACGCCUCACCUGGUGGGAGUACUCGUGGGACAUCAUGGAGCCUGUCACUUAUUUCGUCACCUAUGGCAGCGCCAUAGCCAUGUACGCCUAUUUCAUCCUAACUCGACAGGAAUACAUCUACCAGGACGCAAGGGAUCGUCAGUACCUGCACUUCUUCCACCGUCAUGCUGAGAAGACUCGCUUUGACUUUGCCGCUUACAACAAGCUCAAGGAUGACAUUGCCCAAGCCGAGCUGGAUUUGAAACGUCUAAGAGAUCCACUUCAGCUUCAUCUGCCCACACCGCAGCUGGAAGGCAAACAUUAAAAAUGUAAACAUCGAAAGAGCCUUUUAUCAGCGAGGAACUCUGCUGCUGCUGUUGCACAACUGCAGUUCUGGCCAACCUAGAGUGACUCCAGUUUUAUGCCUGCAGUGAUAAGCUAGUUCAUCUGCGUUGGCUUUUGGUGAAAAGGGUUUAAAAAAAAGAGAGUUAUACGACUGAUCAUCAGCAUGAUGAGAGUACAUGUACUUGUUUGUUUUUUUUGGUGCCUUGCCCAAGAAUAUGUAGUGUUUGAAAGGCUAGUGAUGGGAUACCAUUGAAUUGCCUAACCUGUAUGCAUGUCAAGCGGUUUAAACCCGUUGGAGAUUAAAACAAAUGUUUUGGAUGCACUGGUAGUAAUAUGUUGGGGGUUAUGCUGGUGUUUUACGCUUUACGAUACAAAAUAAUUUUACAUUGUUAAAGUUAAUUCCAAAAAAAUGUAUGCAUUUUAACUAUUGAGGUAAUUAAGGUCAGGGUUUGUCUGCAUAACUGUUGUGUUAUGACUUAUGUACGAUGUAUGAAAACACACUUAUACAAAUCCAUGUUCUGUUCAUAAUAAAAGAUUUUGAAAUAAUA